AAAUGUGCUUCUACAAGGAUUUUCCACUGUGGCUUGGAAGAAAUGUUGUUUGCCGAAGUCUAAAGGUGGCCUUGGAAUUAAGCAUCUUCCAAAUCUGAACAAAGAUUUUCUGUUGAAAAAAUUCUGGGAUCUCUUUUCUUCUAAUUCCUUUGCAAGAACUUUCUUUAAGGGUCGUUUCUUUAAUGGAGUAGGGCUACCAUGUUCUUAUUAUAAACGCUCUUCUAUCUGGCCGGGAUUCAAGCCGCUUUAUGUUGAUAUACAGCUUCGAUCUAAAUGGAUUGUUGGAAGAGCCCCCUAAUAUUCAAGUUGCUCAAGCUUAUGAUUUGAAGCGAAUACAUCAUCCAAAGGUUCCAUGGGCUUCUUGGGUCUAGUCUUCCUCGUAUCGACCACGACACUCUGUUGUCCUUUGGAAAUUACUGCAUGUUCCCAAUUACAAUUGCUCUGGUGGGGCAUGAUUGGAGCUGUGGUCUAUGUAGUUUGGCAUGCUAGAAACGCAUUGAGGUUUCAAGACACUAUCAUCACAGCUGUAUCCAUCUUUCGCUCUGUCAAAGUUAAUACCGAUGGGGCAGCUCAAGGUACUCCUGGUUUAGCGGGGUUUGGUGGUAUUUUUUGCAAUCACUUAGGUCUUUACAUCGGUUGUUUUGCAGGUCCAAUGCGUUUAGCUUCAGAUCUGGAAGCAGAGCUCCUUACAAUCUACCUUGUUGUUUCUUCUGCUUGGAGGAAGGGCUGGUUUUCUCUUUGGAUUGAAUGUGAUUCAGCUUUAGCAAUUCACUUUCUAUCUUCUCCCCCUCCAGUGUACCUUGGCGAUUGGCAACUCAAUGGAGUAACUGCCAUGCUCUUCUUGAAAAAAUGCAGGUGUGAGUCUCCCAUAUUUAUAGGGAAGGUAAUCAAGUGGCCGACAAGUUGGACAAUAUCGGAGUUGAUAGUGUGGGUUUGCACUGGUGGGAUUCUUGCCACACUAAUGCAAUGGGUGCUUAUGGGCGAAACCUCUGUGGUCUACCAGAAUAUCGGCUUGUUUAAUGGUUGUUGAGGUGCUUGUUGUUGUAUGGAUUUCUAUCUCAUUGAUUCCUCCCGGUAAUGCAAACAUAUGCUUGUUUGCCUCCUUGUUUUGCUGCCAAUAUGUUCUUCACUGGGUUGAUUCUGCAGUUGGGUGGCCUUAUAAUUUAUUUGAGUGCUUCUGCUGCAUUAUUCUUCUUUUGCAGCUGUUGUUCUCUCCUUUUGGCUGCUGCAACAUUUUUCACAUCAUGCUGCAAGUGCUUA